UUCUUCUCUCUACAUUUCUAAAUCAUUGUUGCCAAGAACUUUAUAGAAUUGACUCAAUGGCAGUUAGAGGGUUGGAGGUUAUGCUUGCUAUAGCCCUUCGGAACUUUGUGGGCAGGAGCUAAGGCACAAUCAUCUUGCACCAAUGUCAUCAUAAGCAUGUCCCCAUGUUUGAACUACAUAACAGGAAACUCAUCGACCCCGUCUUCAUCAUGUUGUACACAGCUUGCUAAUGUUGUCAAGUCGCAGCCUCAAUGUCUAUGUGAGGUUGUCAAUGGCGGUGCCUCCUCACUUGGAGUCGAUGUUAAUCAGACUCAGGCUCUGGUCCUCCCUGGUGCUUGCAAUGUUCAAACUCCCUCUAUGAGCCGCUGUAAUGCCUCUUCGCCCACAGAUUCUCCAUCAGGAACACCAAAUUCUCCUCCUACAGGAAGUGGAUCUAAGACAGUACCAUCAACGGAUAAUGGAACAUCAGAUGCAAACUCUACGAAGUUGGCAAUGUCUCGAAUCUUCUUCCUGCUCUUCAUCACGUCAUAUGCUUCGACCCUGGUCACCAUAUAAUCUCUUGCUACCAUUAGUACUGUUACUGUAACAUGGGAGUCCGAAUAUUCAUUCUCUAUAAAAAGAUUAUAUAUAGAUGAAAUUAAAAA